UGUCUAAAGAGUGGUUCUUCGAGUUCGGUUAUGUGAUCCCCAACUCGACCAACACAUGGCAGUCGCUGAUAGAGGCGGCGCCCGAGAGUCAGAUGAUGCCCGCGAAUGUACUCAACGGAAAUGUCAUAAUUGAGACCAAAUUUUUCGACGACGACCUCUUAGUUAGCACUUCAAAGGUCCGACUCUUCUAUAUUUGAAAGCUGUUUCCCGAUUAAGAAGUGUUCAAACAUUUGUGAAUAAUUGUCAUAUAAUUGUCUCCCUCUGUGUGUCUCCCACUCUCUCCCCAACUCUUCUUGCGGUUACCGUUCACUCAACGCGUGUUUCAAACAAAUCCAUUAUUUUUUUGUGAUUCAAAGAAAAGCAUAAUUUUGUUAAACAACUGUUUUAAAUGUUAUUUAAAGUCAUUUUUAAUGAAAUUUUCUAUACAUUUACUCAAAUUGUUGAUUAUAUAACUAUUAAUAACAAUAAUUAUACCAUAA